UAGGCCGCCAUCGUCCGUCUAUGACCAACAGAGCGAACACGCAGUCUGAUAUAAUAGUUGUAAGCCUAGUACCUUUGUGUUUUAGUUAUUUUUAACUUAUUGACUUUAAUUUUGGGACAACAUCCAAAUGUUCUAUACUUGUAAAGUCAAUUUAGUUUUCGUAAGGGAGCCUGGCUUCGGUGUUUUUGGAACAAGAUGAUAAAAAACUGGGGUGUUGUUGGAGGGAUCGCUGCUGCAAUUGCAGCUGGAGCAUACGUCCUGUGGGGCCCGAUAACUGAGAGGAAGAAGCGGAAGAGAGGUAUGGUCCCUGGUCUGUUGAACUUGGGGAACACCUGCUUCCUAAACUCUUUGCUUCAGGGUUUGGCAGCGUGUCCGUCUUUCAUCAGAUGGCUGGAGAAGUUUUCAGGUCUGCCCUCGAUCCAGUCAUGCAAAGACAACCAGCUGUCUUCAACACUGCUGCAGCUGCUCAAAGCUCUGUCCAGUGAGGAGCCGGGAGACGAGGAUGUUCUUGAUGCAGGAUGCCUUUUGGAUGUUCUCAGACUGUACCGCUGGCACAUCAGCUCAUUUGAGGAGCAGGAUGCACAUGAACUUUUUCACGUCCUCACAUCUUCACUAGAGGAGGAGAGAAACAGGCAACCCAAAGUCACACAUCUGUUUGAUAUGCAGUCCCUUGAGUCUCUUCCUGAUGAAGAUGCCAAAGCUUUUGCCUGCAUAAGCAGAGCAGCUCCUCUUCAUCCGAUCCCGGGUCCCUGGAAAUUCCAGCAUCCCUUUCACGGUCGUCUAACGAGCAACAUGUCGUGCAAGCGCUGUGAAAUUCAGAGUCCAGUACGAUACGACUCAUUUGAGAGCCUCUCUCUGUCCAUCCCUCUUCCUCAGUGGGGUCGGCCUCUCUCUCUAGAUCAGUGUUUGCAGCAUUUUAUUUCAUCGGAAACAAUCAAAGAGGUGGAGUGUGAAAACUGUACAAAGAUUCAACAAAGCACAACGAGAAACGGGCAAAUUUUCGAAAGCCAGAGGACGACAUUUGUCAAACAGCUGAAACUUGGAAAGCUCCCUCAGUGCCUCUGUAUCCAUCUGCAAAGACUGACAUGGUCCAGCGAAGGAACCCCCAUCAAGCGGCAGGAGCACGUCCACUUCACAGAGUAUCUAUCAAUGGAUCGUUAUAAACACAACUCCACACAGAGGAGUCAGCGGUUCACAUUGGCCCAUAAAGCCAAAAAGACAGAAAGUUUGGACACAGAAGAGUCCACAGAAAGGCUUAGAGCUAAUGGGACUGAUGCAGAACAUCAUAACAACAACAAACCUUUUUCUAAUGGAACCUGUUCCUCCGUAUUUCUUCUCUCCCCUGGUUUGAAUCCACAGCGCGGCUUCACGUAUGAAUUCAGCUCCACAGAGUAUUUAUUCAAGCUGACGGCAGUGUUGGUUCACCAUGGUGACAUGCACUCGGGACAUUUUGUCACCUAUCGUCGAAGCCCCGCCCCACCCUGCAGCACCUCGCCGUUCAGCUCUCAGUGGCUUUGGGUGUCAGACGAUUCUGUGCGGAAAGCCAACCUGCAGGAGGUGCUGUCUUCCAACGCGUACAUGCUCUUCUACGAAAGAGUGCGAAGGCCAAACCUCGAUGGACGAUCGGACGAGUGAUUGGAUGAUCAGCCUGUUGGACGUCUGCCUUUUUGCAUUAAAUACUCAAUUACCAGCUGGUAGUUUUCUGACUGUAGUUCUGCCUCAAUGUCUCAGUGUUGUCUCUUUAUGAACACUCACAGCGGGAGGCUGCUGAACCCAAAGAUAAAGGACCCACAAGAUUUCUCUCAAAAAUCAUCGGUUAUUUACAGUAAGCUACUUUUCUUUAGCAAAUUAAACAGUUUCAUGUAACAGACGGUAAAAGUAUCUGACAGUUCCCUAUAAUCGCACUGUUAGAGGCGAGUUUUUAAGGUUGGCUUUUUAAUCAUGCAGUGGUGUGAACAUUAAUGAAAUAUGGGCUCAUAACUUCUUGGUAAUAUGUCCAAAUUCCUUCAUACUUCAUAUAAAUAAGCUGUUGCAUUUUAUAUAACUUUAGCUAGAAAGUCCCAGCUCCUACUAAUGUAAUCAUUCCCAGCAUUGGCUGUACAUUGUCCUACUUUGAAUGUUUCAGCUGAUCUUCUACCAUUUUGGAUCAUCUAAAUACUCUAAUUUGUAGACCUGCUGAACUAAGUAAGGAUAAAGUGCCAUAUUGUUUGUUUUUUGUUUUAUUAUUUUUAAAAAUUUAUAUCUUAUAAAAAUGACUUUUGCAGUAAUUAUUAGUACGAUCUAACCCGGAAAUAUGACUGGCCCAAACUAACGUUCAUAAUCUACAGGUUCUGCAGACAUUUAGUUGUUUUUGUUAUCAAAACUGGAUUCUAACUAUCCUGAAUGCUAUUGUUUUUUUCUAAGAUCCUCAGCAGUAAACAAUUGCAUUCCUAUCAAGCUAGAAAAGUCUAAAGGUAAAAGUGUCUUCAGAUGUUUGAACUGAUAUAUUUUGAUUUAAAUGUAAUUGUUUUCAAUUGUAAAAAAAAAAUGGUAAAAAAUGUACUUUUGUGUUUUAAUAAAGUGAGAUUACAAUGUUUUCAGUACCUUGGAAAUGUAUAACAUCAAUAAUAUCCUUGUGAUCGAUUAUGUUGCGUUUUCAGCCCAACUGCCAUACCAAACCAGUGGUUCCCAAAUAUGGGAGCACACACCUUACGGGGAACUCAGUGUAAUGGCAGAGGGGGAAAUUAAGUAGCUAAAUAACUGAUUUUGAGGUGAAAAUUUAAAUAUAUAUUGAAAAGAAAACAUUUAUAGAGGGCAGUGUGGAAUUCUAUUCCUCAUUCAAAUAAGCAUCACAGUUUU